AAGAGUGGCUGAGAGUUUCACACCAAACAGAGUGAGAGAGAGAGAGAGAGAGAGAAAAAAAAAAGAGUGUUGUUCAUAUUUUCAGAUUUCAUAAUAUUGUGUGCUUCUUGUUUUUUCUUCUUUUUACACCCCCCCUUCUCUUGCACCCCGCUUCUCUGUAUCCCCUUUCUGUUAAUCAUCUGUCUUUCAUGUUAUCAAUUUUUUGAGUUUUUUUUCUAAACUUCAAAAGGGGUAUAUCUAGAAAGUUCAGGUGUUUUCAGAAUCGAGAUCCAGUUUUUAUUUUUUAAGAAAAAAAUUUGAUUUUGAUUUUUUAUUUUUUUUUAGUUUAAUUUUUCUCAUCUUUGAAUCAGCCAAGAGGGUUAUUUUUGAUCCCUCAAAGCUUUGAUUUUUAAUUAUUUUUUUAAAAAAUUUCUGAAACAAAGAGGUUGUCUAUUUUAAACCUCUUUCACCAAUUUAUUUUUAUCUUAGAAAAUUUUCAAUUUUUAUUUUUGAGUAAACACAGAUUAAUUUUAUCUAAGAUCUGUGUUUUUCAAUUAAUUUUUUUGGUAAAUUAAUUUGUUUAUGUCAAGUAGAAUGGAUUUUUUCAAUAAUUCACAAGAUCCAUUCAAUGGUGAGUUAAUGGAAGUUCUUGAACCUUUUAUGAAGAGUUCUUCCACUACUACUCCUACUCCAUCUUCAUCCUCUUUACCUUUAACUUCAUCACCAUUUUACUCUUCUACCCCCACUUCCUAUUUCCAACCUUCACAGCCCAAUUUCUACACAGAAAAUGGUUAUUGUUCAUCCAUGAUGACCUACCAAUUCCCCUCCUCAGGUAGUAGUAAUUCAUCAAAUAGCCAAAAUAAUUUCAUUGGCUUUGAACAACCACAACCAAAUUCUGUUCUUGGGCUAAACAACUUAACCACAUCUCAAAUUAAUCAGAUCCAAGCCCAGAUCCAGUUUCAGACCCAACAACAAAACAACAACUUAUCCUUUCUUGGGCCUAAGCCCAUCUCAAUGAAACAGCCUGGUAUACCUCCAAAGCCCACUAAGCUUUAUAGAGGUGUUAGGCAAAGACAUUGGGGAAAAUGGGUUGCUGAGAUAAGACUACCUAAAAAUAGAACAAGACUUUGGCUUGGUACUUUUGAUACCGCUGAAGAAGCUGCUUUAGCUUAUGAUAGAGCUGCUUAUAGAUUAAGAGGUGAUUUUGCUAGACUUAAUUUCCCAAACAUGAAAGACCAACAAGGUUUGUUUGGUGAGUUUAAGGUUUUGCAUUCAUCUAUUGAUGCUAAACUUGAUGCUAUUUGUGAAAGUCUAGGUGAUGUGAAUAAACAAGGUAAGAUUGAGAAAAGUGUGAGAGGUUCUAAGAAGGAUUUGAAAAAACAAGUUCAAGUUCAAGUUCAACCUUUGGAUGUUGAGAAUAAUGAUGACAAUAACAAUAAGGUUGUUGUUGUUGAAGGCUCAGGCUCUUUGUCUUCUCCUGAAGGUUCUGAUGAUUCUUCUCCACUUUCUGAUCUUACUUUUGCUGAUUUUGCCGAGCCACAAUGGGAAAAUGGUUCUGAACAAUUUAAUCUGCACAAGUUUCCUUCUUAUGAGAUUGAUUGGGAUUCUCUUGGAAAGAUGAUGGAUUGAUUGAUUGAUUGAGUUUUAUUAGUGGCUGCUACUGCAAUUUGAGUUUUUGAAAAUUGUAGUGUGCUGCCUCUAGGAUUUGGAUAAUUGAUUAAUUGAGUCUAUUGUAGGGUUUUUAUUUAUUUUAGAUUAUUUUGUCAUUUAUCGUUGUUAUUAUUAUUAUUAUAUGUCAAUAUUAUGGUGUAUGUAAGUAAAUUUGUCUACCUUGGUCAGCUGGCUUUUUUACUUGCUUGGCUAAGGAGAAUGACUUCGGCCUAGGUCAAAAUUUAUGGUAGUACAUUAUUAUUAUUAUCGAUGUAAUUCAAUUCUAUUAUUUGUAUUUUCAACUUAUUACGAGAAUGAAAAUAUAUUGUAUUAGAUUAUUAUUAUUA